AUGUUCCGUGAUACAAUGGCGCAUUCGGUCCUGAUGGAAGCGUCAGCUUUCUGGCCCGUCAUUGGGCUUCUCAUCGUGAUCUAUCUGCUGCGAGCUCCGACUCCUGUCCUGAAGGGCAUUCCAACUGUCAAGUACUAUCCUUACCUGCCCAAUUUCUUCAAUCGGAUUGUCUACUAUCCCAAGGCUGCAUCCAUGAUCAGCUCAGGAUACUACAAAUACAAGGAUCGACCCUUUCGGAUGCUCACGGCCGACGGAGAAGUAUACGUCUUGCCGGUGAAGUACCAGAAGGAACUCAGACAAUUCCCUAUUUCGAAGGUCAGCUCUCUCCAUGCUCAGUAUGAGAAUGCACUAGGAAAAUACACCAACAUCAUCGUCGAUACAGAGUUGCCUUCUCGGACUGUGCGGAAACGGUUGACUCCCAAUCUCUCUCGUGUUGUUCCUCAAAUUAUUGACGAGUUGCAAGGUGCAUUCAAUGAUGUCCUCGCAGGAAGUGAAAAUGACUGGGUCAAGGUCAACCCAAGCGACAUGUUCCACCAUCUCAUCGCCCUCGCAACCUCGCGAGUCAUGGUCGGCAACAUCCUUCGCCAAAAUGAGGCAUGGCUCAAGGCAGUUAGCACGUAUGCCCACGAAGUAGGCGUCACCCUUCUUCUGUUGCGGCCCGUCCCCAAUUACCUCCGUCCUCUGGUAGCUCCUUUCCUGCCGUCCGUCUGGCACAUGAAACAAUCGCUUUGCCUGGCCAAGCGCCUGUUUGUUCCAAUCAUCAAUGAGCGACGGCGGGUCGAAAAAGCAAAUGAUCCAGCAUACACCAAGCCGGAUGACUUUCUACAGUGGAUGAUGGACUUGGGCGAAGAGGAAGGUGAGAGCCUCACACCGGACCUAAUCGCGCAUCACAUGUUUCUUUUGGUUGGUCUUGCUGUUACACACACCAGCACCAUGGCCUUGUGCCAUGCUUUGUAUGACUUGAUCAGCAUGCCAGAAUACCUGGAGCCGCUGCGGGAGGAAGUGGCCCGCACUUUGCCCCAUGGCUGGUACAAGGGAACCCAGGCGGCACUCGCAGAGCAAGUUCGGUUGGACAGCUUCUUUCGCGAAUCCCAGCGGUUUGGGCCACCAGGGGAAUUAUCCUACCACCGAAUCACCAUGCAGACCGUCCCUCUCCACGAUGGCCUCAUUCUCCCCAAAGGUAUUCACGUCUGUUUGGCCGCCGGUCCGAUUAGCAAGGACCCCAGUUUCGUCUCGAGUCCGAUGACCUUCGACGGAUUCCGCUGGUGCAGGAAACUUGAAGAUCGCUACGCCUUGACUUCUGAGCUGGCCUCAUCCGCACUGUCAAACGGCGACAGCCUUGACCAUGAUGAGUAUUAUUUUAAUGCCCCGGCGAGUUUUGUCACCGUUACCUCUACAAACAUGGGUUUUGGAUAUGGACGGCAGGCUUGUCCUGGACGGUUCUUCGCUGCGAACACCAUGAAGGCGAUAUUCAGCCGUCUGAUUUUGGACUAUGAGUUCAAGUUUGUGGAGGGUGAGGACGGUAAGCGUCCCGCUAACUUGCUUGUUGGGGAGCACAUCCUCCCCAGUAUGACCUCUGAGGUUCUGUUCCGUAAGAGACCAAUGGGAUUUUGA